UUUUCUGCGAACGACACAAUUCGAUAAGUGAACUAACUAUGAAAGCGAUUUUAAUAGUCCUUUUUGGGCUAUUGGUGCAUAACGCGACAGCAAGGUUUAUAUCAAAUAAUGUAUGCCUUGCCAUGCCCAAUGGCCAAAAGCUGCCAGUAACGGAGAACUGUAGUGCUUAUAUUGUAUGUGAAUAUAACACACAGUCCUUGAGAUACUGUCCAGAGGGUUUGUUGUUUGACCCUCAAUAUCUUGUUUGUAAUUGGGCGAUGAUGGUCAAAUGUGGUGAGACUCCGACAGUUCCUCCAACUCUUCCGACUACAACAGCGCCGGCUUUAACUAGUACAGCAGCUGUUCCGACGGCUCCAACUCCUGGCACAUAUCCAACUACGAUUGCUCCACCAAUUCACACAGUUCCUACCGUCACAACUACUACAACAACAACGAAAGCGCCCACAACAACUACGGCAGUGCCCACUAGACCAUCGGUCUCCACGACAACCGUGCUGCCAUCUACCGAGUACAAUCCCUAUCCCCAGUGCUCAAGCGACGCAUUCUAUUUCAUCCCUCACCCGUCGGCCUGUGAAAGUUACUACAUCUGUGCCUACGGGAUGCUGAUUCUGCACAGCUGUGGACAGGGCGUCUAUUGGAACUCCGACACCAACCAAUGCGAUUUCCCAACCAAUACCCACUGCUCAAAUCUUCCCAACCCGGCCAAACCGGAAACAUCGACAGAAGCUACUGGAACUACGACUCCGGCCUCCAAGUUGCCAAAUUGCCGUGGAUCGGAAAUAUUCCACCCGAGCCUGGAAGAUUGCUCUAAAUACUACAUCUGCAUUGGGUCGUCACCGAUUCUGAUGAGCUGUCCGUCGGACUAUCGCUGGAAUGCCGACAUCUCCCAGUGCGAUCGUCCGGAGCAAGCCCGUUGUGCUACCUCUUUUGCUUGAAUUCGGACAUGAAUUGAUUUGAUGGAGCAUUAUCUAAAUUUUGUGCUAGGUUUAUUUCAUAAGUAAUUUAUUCCAAGAUUUGUUAAUAAAAAACUAAACGUACAAAAGGCAACAACA